AUGGCGAGUUCCGAGUGGGUGUACGCCGGAGUCCAUUUGUCCAUCGACAACUACGUUAUUCCACCAGAAAAGCUAUUCCCUACGCCAUCCAACCUAGAUGGGCUCGACGCGGAAACUGAAUUUGAUCUUCGCUAUAUUGGUUGCGAACUUAUUCAGGACGCUGGGACACUUCUAAGGCUUCCUCAGGUGGCUAUGGCAACUGCUCAGGUCCUUUACCAACGAUAUUUUUACUCAAAGUCCUUUGUAAGAUACGUCUACGAGCAUUACGCAAUGGCGUGCAUAUUCUUAGCUGCAAAGAUAGAAGAGUGUCCCAGACGGAUUCGUGAGGUCAUUAAUGUAUUCCAUCACAUGAAACAAGCUCGAGAGGCAAGGCAAUUCACUCCUGUAUUGUUCGAUCAAGCCUACGUCAACUUGAAGAGACACAUCAUUAAAGCGGAACGUCGUGUUUUAAAAGAAUUGGGGUUUUGUGUUCACGGAAAACAUCCACAUAAACUUAUUAUAAUGUAUCUCAGAUCGCUCUCGUUCGAGAACAACAAGGAACUUGUCCAAACAUCAUGGAAUUGUAUGAAUGAUGUGCUGCGGACGGACGUCUUCGUGCGUCACACCCCCGAAGCGGUGGCCUGCGCGUGUAUUUUCCUCGCUGCUAGACGCCUGGGGAUCCCUCUUCCUCGACAUCCUCCAUGGUGGGAAAUGUUUAAUGUUGACGACGAGUCUGUGCACGAAAUCGCAUUAUGUCUUCAGCGUUUGUAUGCUAGGGAAAAGCCAAGCAUUAGCGCUCUAGAGUCGCGUUUAGCUGAAUCAGAGCGUGCUGUCCCCAAUGGUAUUAAAAGCAAAAGUUCUCCUACAGCAUCAGCCUCAGAGACGAUUCAGCCUGAGGUAUCUGCGCCGCCGGAAUCAGUUAAGCAUCCUUCGGAUAAGGCAAAUGGUGUCACCGUGACUGAUACCAAGGAUCCCAAGGUUCUGAAGAAACGGUCCAGAAGCCCUUACAACGAUGGUAAGUAUCGGCGACGGCAUAGAUCGCGAUCACCAUCAAGCUAUUCGUCCACAUCAAGUCGCUCCGAUAGAUCACCUCCCAAGCAUACGUCGCGCGGUCGGAUUUCUCCCCACCGGUCCAGUCGCAAUGAUCUUGAUAGAAAAACUUCCAGAUCAUCCUCUCGUUAUGUCGACGAGGCACGCAGUCUCUCGCAGGUGGUCCAGCUUCCCCAGGAAUUUCUUCCCGCUCGGUCUCCAGCCCACGGUGGUUUUGGGUAUAUGAUUUUCAAGGGACUGCUUGAAGUCUUCAUUCACGAUGCGCCAUUCACAAUCAUUAGAGUAACCGACUGGGGCCGCCGGCUGAAGGGCGUCUAUCUCUGUGUGUUGCAAGUUAGCAUUGCCCUCUACUCUGACUCCGACCUUGAAUAUAUCACUGGCUGGGGUGUGCUUCCCUCUUUUGCACACCGGAAAGCGGACAUUUACUCUUUGGUAGCACAGAUUGCGGAAUUGAAGACCCCUGUAUUUGUCUGGAUGAGUUUCUCGCAAAUCGAAUCAAUUUUUCUGGCAUAA